AUGGAGUCGAAAAUCAUUUUACCAUACAAGGAUAUUUUCAAAAAAGAAUGGUCAGUCUCUGCAGUAUAUAACUGGAUAGGUUCUAUGUCUGUUCAACCAGAGCAUUUUUCGUUGACGUGUGCAAUAACAAAGAAAUUAAUUUUUCCAGACGUUAAAUGUGAGACAGUACAAAGAACAACUCUUAAUAUGAGUGAGAGAGAAAUUCCAGUUGCACUAAGUGAAGAUGAAAACGAAGUGCUUUUUUACGCGGGUAAGUCAAGUCACUUUGAAGUUACCGAUGACACUGUCGUAACUAACACAAACUCGUUUGACCUGGAACAAGUAAGUAGUAUUCCGCCACAACAACUGCUAUCGGGUGAUGAAAAUGACAGUAGUCAAAGUUAUGACGCGGAAAUGUCGACAUACAGAAAACUUCAAGAUAUUCGCCAAACAGAACUGGACAAAAUGCAUGAGACAUGUAUUGCCCUCAUCGACAAGAGUCGGAUUGUCGAAGAAGUUCUCAACCUGUACGAGGAUGAAGCGUUGAUUAGAAAUAGAUUAUCUGUGAGCUUUGUUGAUGCCGUUGCAACUGGGAGUGGCCCUCAACGAGAAAUGUUUUCUUUAUUCUGGAAUUCCUUUUUGUCCGAAAAUGGCAUUGGCUAUA